AUGGAUCUGAAUCGCCCGCAACCCUAUGAGGGUAUGCCUUUAUCCACUUCCCAGAUGAGAUCGAGCUCCAAUCAGGGGCAUCCGGUGUACGCAUUGGAGCAACAACGAAUCCAUGGGUCAUACAGCGGGCAAUAUGGAGUACAGGGUGCUCAACACAGGGGAUACCCGAGCGUACAAUUGGAUGCAGGCUGGACAGGGCGAGUCCUUGAUGAGAUGAAGGAUAUGCUACUUCUCCUCACCCCCCAGGGCCGAAUCUCCUAUGCCACUCCGUCGUGCAAGAACGUCACCGGCCGCGUCGCAAAACAACUCGAGGGAAGUCCUCUGGUGCAGUACAUUCAUGGAGACGACCAGCCAAUCUUCCAGAGAGAUCUGGACGACUCAGUCGCCGCGAACCAAUCGUUCCGGACCCAUUUGCGAUUCCAAAAGACCAACGGCACAUAUUCUCUCAUGGAGGCCUAUGGUCACCCACAUCUUGCAAACCAGGAUGGCCGUCAGACAGGGACAAGUCCAUCCGCCAACGGACGUUGCACCGGCUUUUUCCUCGUGUGCCGACCGUAUUCCAACAAGGUCUCCCAGCUCCUUGACUCCUUUUUAGAACACAAGAUUGAGAACGCACGUCUGAUCCAGCAGAUUGCCAAAUUGAAACAAGAAGAAGAGGAAGAGGCGGCCGUGACUCGGGCGCCCUAUUCUACGCGCGAUCAAGAUAUUCGUGCACCUGUAACCGAGAACCAGGGCCAACAAGCCACUCGUUUGGGGGAAGUAUCCAGUGAUCCCGAUACUACAGACACCGUGGGGCCGAACUCGGAUGAAUCCGACACGGGUCAAUCGGCAAGCUAUCGACCAGAGCACAAUACCGGCGAAGUCUACUCACACAUUGACGGCAUCGAAGUCAUGACUGGUCUUAACUAUGCAGAGGGUGAGAGAUCGCAAGGUAUUAGCACAGGUGUCAGCCGUGGCCGUCUUGUACAUUGCGAUAUCGACAUAACCACUGCUGCUGACCAAGAACGCAAUGCCCAGGAAGGUGACCGCCGUAAAAGGCACAAGUCCCAGCAUAUCUGUAGCGAUUGCGGGACUGCAGACUCACCAGAAUGGAGAAAAGGGCCAUUAGGCCCUAAGACCCUUUGCAAUGCUUGUGGCUUGCGCUGGUCUAAGAAGGAGAAGAAACGGCAGGAGUUGGCUUAA